AACAAAGACCUCCAAAAUUUAUUUAAGGAAACUUUGCGCGAAAAAGUUGUUCAGUUCUGAAUCUCCUUUCCCUCAUUUCUUUGUCUGCAAAGACACCCACCCUAUAACCACCAUGUCAUCAAUCUCAACCUCACCUCACUCACACCUUCUUCUUCCCCAAAACCAGAAUCACUUUCUCUCCGAAAGUGGGACCCACGCCUCAUUCACACCCUCUCCGCGCCCUUUCCGGCCCAUCUCCAUUAAAUGCACCUCCACCCCGGCCCAAGUUCAGACCCAUGACCCCCUCCCGGCCCAAACCCGGGCCCAAGAGCGCGUCUUCAACUUCGCCGCUGGGCCCGCCACCCUCCCGGAGACCGUCCUCCGCCGCGCCCAGUCGGAGCUCCACGUCUGGCGCGGAUCCGGCAUGAGCGUCAUGGAGAUGAGCCACCGCGGCAAGGAAUUCAAGUCCAUCAUCGAAAAAGCCGAGUCCGAUCUCCGUACCCUCCUCCAAAUCCCGUCGGAAUAUUCCGUCCUCUUCCUCCAGGGCGGCGCCACCACCCAGUUCGCCGCCGUCCCGCUCAACCUCUGUUCCCCCGCCGACGCCGUCGAUUAUAUCAUCACCGGCUCCUGGAGCGACAAGGCCUUCAAGGAGGCCCAGAAAUUCUCCAAGCCCACUAUAAUCUGGUCUGGAAAACCCGAAAAAUACACAAAGGUUCCAUCUUUCGAAGCUUUGCAGCAAAACCCAGAUGCAAAGUAUUUACACAUAUGCGCAAAUGAGACAAUUCAUGGGGUUGAGUAUAAGAACUACCCAACCCCAAAGAACCCUAAUGCGGUUCUUGUUGCUGACAUGUCUUCAAAUUUCUGUUCCAAACCCGUGGACGUGUCAAAAUUUGGUGUCAUCUAUGCUGGCGCGCAGAAGAACGUGGGGCCCUCUGGGGUCACCAUUGUGAUCAUAAGAAACGAUCUAAUCGGACAUGCACAAGAAUCGACCCCAAUAAUGCUUGAUUACAAGAUUCACGCCGAGAACAAUUCUCUCUACAACACCCCACCGUGCUACGGGAUUUACAUGUGUGGGUUGGUUUUUGAGGACUUGUUGGAGCAGGGUGGGUUGGGUGAGGUUGAGAAGAAGAAUGUGAAGAAAGCUGAGGUUUUGUAUAACACAAUUGAUGGAAGCAAUGGUUUUUAUAAGUGUCCGGUGGAGAAGUCGGUGAGGUCGUUGAUGAAUGUGCCGUUUACGUUGGAGAAGCCGGAGCUGGAGGGCGAGUUUAUCAAGGAGGCUGCGAAGGAGAACAUGGUUCAGCUUAAAGGGCAUAGGUCUGUGGGAGGUAUGAGAGCUUCUAUUUACAAUGCUAUGCCUUUGGCUGGGGUUCAGAAAUUGGUCGCUUUCAUGAAGGAUUUUCAGGCCAGGCAUGCUUAGAGGAGGAUGCCUCUUUUUUGUUCCUAUAUAAGUUUGGCUACACUUCACCGAAAAAGGGUCUUAAAAAGCCGGUUUGGAUAGGAGUCAUAAGUGCGUCCUUUCGAGAGCUUCUCUUUAUAAGUAUAAAGUUUUUUUCAGAAGAGAAGCUCUCCAAAACCCUUCUAACUUUGUAUCCAAACUGGCUCAAAUAGAAGUCUUGGUUUGUUACUUCUUUUUGUGUUAUGUUUUGUUGUUCAAAUUUGGGUUCUACUAGGUAGUAUUUUCAUCCACACUUUUUGGCAUUGUUUGGGUUUGAGGAGAAUUUUACUCUGACCUUAAGCAUGUUUAGGAGUUUUGGUUUGAAUUUAUUAAUAAAUAAUCCUCUGUUGUAAGUUUGUAUGGGUUCGGUCCCUUGUGAUACUAAUGGAUGUAAGCUGGAAUGUACUCUCAAUAAAUCGAAUGAGGACGCAAUA